AUGAGUGAAGAACUAGUUCAAAACGCUCAAGGACUUUCCUUGGACGAGAACAACGGUGACAAGACUGUUUUGGACUCAGUUGAUGAGUUCAAUGUCAAGCACCCUUUGAACUCCAAAUGGACCUUGUGGUACACCAAGCCUAAGGUCAGUGACAGCGAGGAAUGGUCCGACCUCUUGAGACCCGUCAUCAAGUUCGGUACUGUCGAGGAGUUCUGGGGUAUCUACAACUCUGUCCCAAAGGCAUCUGAUCUGCCCAUCAAGGCUGAUUACCAUUUGUUCAGAGAUGACAUUAGACCAGAGUGGGAAGAUGAACGCAACAGUAAAGGUGGAAGAUGGUCCUACCAGUUCAGAAGAAAGAGAGACGUUGACAUCAACGAGCUCUGGAUUAGAACUCUGUUGAGCGCCGUGGGUGAGACCAUCGAGGAUGAGGAGAAUGAGGUUAAUGGAAUCGUCUUGAACGUGAGAAAGUCCAACUACAGGGUUGGUGUCUGGACCAAGAGCACAAACGCCGACUCCUUGAAAUCCAUUGGCCAGAAGUUGAAGCUUAUUUUGAAGUUGGACGAGAACGACCAUGUCGAGUUCAUUUCUCACGCUGAUUCCUCUGCCCCAGCCUUCAUUGUUUGA